AUGGGUGACACGAUAAACAUCCUCGUAGUCGGCGCAGGAGCAGUCGGCGCCUUCUACGCCUCCCGUCUCCAACACCACCUCUUUCCCCCUCACUCGCCCAACAAAACCUCCAUUUCCCUCGUCUGCCGCUCCAACUACUCCGCCGUCCUCAACUCCGGCUUCACCCUCAAAACCCGCCCUUUCGGCGACUACACCUUCCGCCCCGACGGCGUUUUCCGCACCUGCGAUGACGCCGCUAACAGCGGGGUAAGAUGGGACUAUAUCCUUGUCGCCACUAAAUCGCUGGUGCAGCUCUCGGCUGAUGGAACCAACCCGCGCCCGGCGUCGAUGGCGGCCGCGGACCUGAUUGCGCCCGCAGUGACGCCCGCGCAUACAGCUGUGGUCCUGAUACAGAAUGGAGUGGGCAUCGAGACCCCGUACAGGCAAAGGUUUCCUGCAAACCCGAUCCUGUCGGCUGUGACGGUUAUAGCGGCCGCGCAGACGGAGCCGGGGGUGGUUGUGCAUCACCGGUGGAUGCGGAUUGCGAUCGGACCCUACACGGAUUCUGUUGACGGGAGUGAAUCCCAUGAUUCAACGGGGAGGGAUACGCUCUCGGCAACCCGUACCAGUUCGUUAGUGGACCUGUUCAAAUUGGGCGGGGUAACUGACGCCGAGCAGCACACAUCGCGCAACAUCCAGAUCGUUCGCUGGCACAAACUCGGUCUCAACGCCGCGUUCAACCCGUCCUCGGUGCUCGCGGGGUCCCGCCCGACAUACGAACUGCUCGUCGACGCUGACGCCCGGGAGCAUUGUGAGGCGGUCAUGGCCGAGGUGUUCCAUGCCGCCAAAAUCAUCUUUAAGUUGGAUGCGUUUCCACCUCAAUCACAUCCGGAGUCAGCAUUUCCCACAUUGUCACCGUCAGCAACGCGAGAAUACCCGAAACUAGCAACAAUCCACGAAAUAAUCGAAUCCUCCCUCCGGAACAAAACCUUCAAAUCAUCCAUGGUCCUGGACUGGGAGUCGCAGCGCGAGAUGGAGGUGGAGGUGAUCUUGGGGAACGCGGUCAAGAUUGCUAAGCGGUUUGCCGUGCAGGGGAUGGGACGCGUGCAGGGGAUGUAUGCGUUGUUGAAGUUGGCGGAGAAGGCGAGGGUAGAGAACGCGGGGGAUGCGAGGAAGGAGAAGAGCUCGCUGUAG